AUGGACGUCCUCCGCCGCCUGUCACCCGACGCCUUCAAGGACUCGGCCAAGUUCAAGAAGCCACCCGUGCCAUGCAAGCAUUUUGACGUCCGUCUCAUCAAGAUUGAAUGUGACAACGACGGUGUUCCCCAGUUCAACGACAUGGGCAAGAUUUCCGAAACCAAGUUGAAGACAGACCUCGCUGCCCCGGCCCCGGCACCGGCAACCGCGUCUUCGCCUUCGCCUUCGCCUUUGCCUUCACCCGCACCCGCAACAACGCCUUCAUCGGCGCCCGCACACAUCUCUCCGUCUCUGCAGCUCGUCGUCAUCGACCGCGGCGGCGACGAUGACAUUGACAUGGCCAAGGAACGAUUCCUCGAGCUCUUUGACGACUUCGACAUCGAUCCCAUCAUCCUGCAGCAGAUCGCCUACAGCAGCUACGGCUUCCACCACUACGACGAGCCCUAUCGCGGGACCUACAGCUUCUACAUUGGCACCUACGUCUUUGCGCUCGCCUGGUCCUUCAACCCCGCCACCAUGAAGACGCACGCCAUCCUGCUGCUGCGCAACACGCCCGUGCUCCUCCACGGCACGCUGGCUCUGACGAGCAUCCAGAAGACGCUCAACCUGUACAGCCGCUGCAUCCACUCGCCCUUCUUCCUCCUCUUCGUCGUCUUCAUCAACCUCUGCCGCAUGUCGCAGUACGCCAUCCACACCAUCGUCACCGACCUGCGCAGCGUCGAGACGCUGACGGGGCAUGGGCCCGGCAACGGACCCAUCGCCAUGGACAACCAGGGCUACACCCAGCCCACGAUCGAUAAGCUGUCGCGGGCCGCCCAGAACGUCGCCAACACGCAGGUCCACAUUGCGAACCUCGUCCGCCACGACGCCUACAUUAAGGACAUGGCCCAGUACCUCGAGCAGCCCGGCCUCGUGUCCAAGUGGCGCGACCUCGCGCCCUCGGACCUCGCGACCCCCUGGAACCUCGCCUUUGCGACCCUGAGCCCCCAGGUGCCGCCUCUGAAGAAGCUCACGAGCGACCUGACGCCGUCCCUGCGCUACCUCGAGACUCGCGCCGGCUGCCAGUCCAGCGUUAUCCGCAGCAUGAUGACCCACGAGGACGCCCGCCUCGGUGCCGAGCUCGCCGAAGCCGCGCGCAAGGACAGCUCGGCCAUGCGCUCCAUCGCCAUGAUGACCAUGCUGUUCCUCCCCGGCGCCUUCUUCGCCGCCAUCUUCUCCAUCGAGUCCCUGCCCAACCUGGCCAAGGAAGAGUUCUGGAUCUUCUGGGCCUUUACGCUGCCGUCCACCAUUCUCGUCUUCCUCGUGUGGCGCUGCCACCGCUGGUCGCAGAAGAAGUGGCAAAAGUACAAAAAGGCCAAGGCCGAGAGCAAGGAAAAGGCCAAGGCGGAAAAAGAGGGCGACGCCAGUGACGGCAGUGUCAUGGAAGCGCAGAACGGAAAGCAAGGUCACUGA